CUCAAGAAGACCAUCUUCAGCAACCUCACUGAGGAUACAUCCUGCAACAAACCCAAGGGUUCCAACAGCACUCUCCCCAUCACCUCCUUCAAGAAGGAGCGCGAGUACCUCACCCCGCUCACAGUCAGCACUCAUCAACCUCACCCCUCCUCACCUCGUUCCUCCUCACCCCAUUCCCCCUCACUCAUUCCCCCUCACCUCCUCUACCUCACUCCGCUACCCUCACCUCACCAUCAACAUGCCUUCGGCGAAGAAGAACGUGGGGGAAGCCCUCGACCAGAUCGACAAGGCCAAGGCUGCCUUGACUGCCAACCCUAGCGCGCUCGCGGGAACCAAGCGCAGCCGCGUCGAUGACGACGAUGUCGAUGAGGUCGCGGGAACCAAGCGCCGCCGUGUCGACGAUGACGAUAACAGGGGAAGGGCCUCACACGACCUUCUUCAACCAUCUCUCAGCUCGCCGGCACCACAAACCAGCAUCUCGGGGCCCAUCAACCCCACACCUCACCACGACGGCCAUGAGGCUAAUCCGGAGAAACCACUGCUUACUCACCAGCCUACGCAUGACCUGACGUGCCGGAACGAAGACCUCGCAGGACGUAUCUUGUGGGCUGGGAACGACGCGGUGAGAAGUAUCAAGAAGCUUCCUCAGGACAUAAAGCGGUUGCCCCCUCACCCUGCCCUCAUCAUGUCACCCAAAGUUAAGGAAGACGGCACAGUCGACUUUUUGGUGUUGACCUCUCUCCAAAACAGCACUCUCAUGCAGUAUUUCCCGGGAAACUCUGCUGAUGCCAAAAGGAUGAGGUCAUACUAUCUCCCUGUCGAAGGUUCCAAAGAGACAGAACCCCACCCCGAUGACCCUGUAAAGAACUCCAUGGUCAAGACUACCAAGAAGCCCCACAACCAGAAAGCAACUUCCUACGUCAACACGACGGCCCUGCGCACUGUUCCCUUCGAUCAUCUUCGCGCUUACAAGGAUGGCCACAAGGAUGGAAAAGGCCUCUAUUCACAGGACUACUCCAUCGACGAGACUUCGUACCACAAGCUUGUCGACUUCAUGAAGAACCGCUCUCCGCCGGAUGUGGAGAAGAUCAAAGACUGGAGCAAAACCCGCAACAAGAACAAGUCCCGCAACAAGAACAAGUCCCACAACAAGAACAAGUAGAUUUCGGGUUGGUUUGCGUUCGUGGAGGUUGUGGCCGAUUACCAAGCGAUGAUGGUGGUGGUCGGCUGCUUUGGCUGGAAGCUCUGCUGUUGCGCGUGGGUAUGGGCGGUGGUGAAGCAUUAGUUUGCCUAACUGAAGUAAGUCUCACUGCCCCUGAUGAUCGCAUCGAACAAUGAUUGUGUCUAGCUUAUGUAUAUCCAGUUACUCUGAAACAACUCCGCGACACCAACAAUAAAACACGUAAGUCACAACUGAAAAACACCUUUCCCCUACGUAAGAUGUUGUUCAGUCGCUAACCAUUGUACCGA